AUGGCGGCUUCACGUAGACGCUCCUCCGGCGGGGCGGGGACCGGCACAGAGGCGUUUCCUCUCUCUACUCGCUUCGUUUCGCUGCUGCUUCUCGUGUCUUUUCUGCACUGUUUUCUCACUUCUGGCCUCGCGGAGCGACGGCCUGGGGAUGCCGCUGCAGCGGCGAACCCGGGCAGCGCCUCUUUUGUUCCCCUUCCGGCGGGUCGCAGCGGGUCGGCGCCCCGAGAGGACUGGCCUGCAGACUUGAGCGCGUCGCUCUCCGCUCCGUCCGCAUCCGCUGCUGCUUCUGAUUCUUCCGCUGAGUGGUCUCCUUGGUCUGUCUCCGCUUCAUCCGUCGCCUCGGUCUCUCUGCCUGCCGACGGCGCAUGGCCCUCUGUGCAGUCGGCGUAUCGCAUCCCCAUCCACAUGGUCGGCGCGCGCGCGGCCGUCCGCGCCGUCUCUGUCGGUCAGCAGAGCCUCCUCCUCGCUCUCGACACGCAGACCGAGGGUGUGCGCGUCUUCCUCUCCAACUCAACGGCCUGCACGCACUUCUCCUCCCGCGAAGCCCGCGAUGCCUCGCUUUCUUCUCCUUCCGCGGCUGCCUUCCAGUCUCUGGCGCGCGCACCGACCAGCGGGACGGUGAACGACGAGAGGGAGAAGGCAGGUGCGCCGCGCGGCCGCGAGGGGGGGACGAGGGACGGGGGCUCCUCAGCAGUCUCUUCCCCGGAGUCUGCGGCCGCUUCGCCGGCGCCUGCGCGGCUGGGCGGCAGCGCGAACGCGCACGGGCGGCUGCCGCUGAAGGCGCUGACCUUCCUGCAGCGCCGAGGGACGCUUGCGAAGCGCCGCGGGCGGCGAGGCGCCGACGCCGGCGACGUGAGCCAAGGGACCUGCUACGACCCGCGCGCGUCAGGCGUCUCGCUGUGGUGCCUCAACGGCAGGCAAAUGUGCAGCUUCCUGAGCGCCGACCCUUUCCGAUGCAACGCGUCACCGCAAGCCGACAUCACGCAAGCAGCCAGGUUCUCACAGCGCUCCGACGGGGUGCGCUUCGGCGAGCUCCGCCUCGAGGGCCUCGACCUCGUGCGCCUGGAACUCUCGCCCGCCGUCCCGCCCGCUAGGGGGACUGAGCCCAGACCCCGCGAGGGUGGCGCCCAAAGAAGGGGCGAGGCCGCGCGAGGCGGAGGCGCGGCCCUUUUCGGCGACGAGAAGCUUUUCCCCGUUAAACUCGUCGCAGACCGAACCUCGGGACUCUACGAUGUCUUCCCGGGGAUACAGGGCGUCUUCGGCAUCGCGGGUCCCGAGUUCUGCUGCCGCAACGCGUCCCUGUGGAGCUCGACUCUGCAUGCGCUAAACGUGACGUCCUUCGCCUUCGACCUCAACUUUCCUGCACCGACCGCGCUGUCGGCCGCCACUUCCGACUCCUCGCGACGCCAGGAGACCGCGACGCGCCCCAGCGCCGCAGCCGCCGCGGGCUCUUCCGCGUCUCUCGCCUCCCUCGCGGCAGCUUCGCGCGCAGGUCGCAACGGCGCCGGGGACUGGGCGCCGCUGUCCUUCCUCCAUCUGGGCGUGCUUGACGAGGGGGAGGGCGACGACGGGGGGUCCGCGGAGGCGCGCGUGCGAGGCUUCGCGUGGUAUGGCGAGGCCGGCGACUGGAGGGGCGCGGUCGAUGAAGCCGCAGACGGCCGCGGACGCGCAGGGGGUCAUGGCGAGAGCGAUGGGGCUGAGAGAGACACCCCGAAAAAAGAAGGCUUGCCAGCGGCGCGAGGAACGGAAGUCGUCUGGGGAGAACGAAUUCAGACGGGAAACGCAUGGAGCGACUCGAUCGCCCACUUCACCUCCUACCAGUGGGAGAUGUGCGGCAGCAGCCUGAUGGGGACGUCGCACAUGGACGACUGGACUGUCUCCGUCGAUCUGAGCUCCGAGUGCCUAGUCGUGCCGCGGCCGCUGUGGCUCGCGGUUCGCGCGUGGCUGGCGCCGGCGCUGAACGUGACGAGUCCGCAGUGCGCACUGGGCGACGGCGGCUCGGGCCUCGCGCCAGUCGACGCGCAGGGAGACGCCGAGGAGGACGCGGCGGCGCGAGGCCCGGCGCGCCGGCAGAUGUGCCCACUGCGGAAGCCGACCACACCUGCCAAUUUGGAAGAUGCGCGCGCCCCUCCUCCGCGGCAGCCGCUCCCCGCGCUCUCCUUUGCCCUGCGCGACGUCUCAGGGGAUGUCUUCGACUUCAUCGCCAGCGGCGCGGAGGCGCCGGGCGCCGACGCGCGCGUGCAGCUGCCCCUCGAGCAGCUCGUAGUCGCCGACCCCGACGGCGAAGGCGAGGCCCUCUGCGUGGUUCCACAGCCCCACAGCCUCCUCUCCCGGGAAGGCCGCAGCGUGCGGCUCGGCACGCGAGCGGUCGCGGCCUUCCACCUCAUCGUGGAUCAACGGCGCUGGCGCGUCGGCCUGCUGCCCAAGGACCUUUCGCUGUCUUCCUCCGACGCGUCGUGCGCAACGAAAGCCACCUGCAAGGGACAGCAAACGUACAUCCCUGCGCUCAACAAGUGCGCCGACCCUUCCUGCUCGGAACGUCUUUUCUUUUCUCUCAACGAGGAAACCAAAAGCUGCGAGCUUUCGCCGUUUGUCGUCCCCGGCGCUCUGACGCUGCUGGCGCUGCUCGUCGGCCUCGAGGUCGCCGUUGUGACCUUCCAGUGGACGAAUCUGCUGCGCGCGCGGGCGCUCACGUGA